AUGAUUGGGAGGGGAUUGGAACACCUGAAUCACAUGAUGGGGAGGGGAUAGGAACACCUGAAUCACAUGAUAUGGAGGGGGGGGGGGGGGGGGGGACACCUGAAUCACAUGAGUAUGGAGGGGAUCGGGACGCCCGAAUCACACGACGGGGGGGGGGGGGGAUCAGGACGCCCGAAUCACACGACGGGGGGGGGGGGGGAUCGGGACGCCCCGAAUCACACGACGGGGGGGGGGGGGAUCGGGACGCCCGAAUCACACGACGGGGGGGGGGGGGGGAUCGGGACGCCCGAAUCACACGACGGGGGGGGGGGGGGGGGGGAUCGGGACGCCCGAAUCACACGACGGGGGGGGGGGGGGGGAUCGGGACACCCGAAUCACACGACGGGGGAGGGGGAUCGGGGACACCCGAAUCACACGACGGGGAGGGGGGGGGGAUCGGGACACCCGAAUCACACGACGGGGAGGGGGGGGGGGGAUCGGGACACCCGAAUCACACGACGGGGAGGGGGGGGGGAUCGGGACACCCGAAUCACACGACGGGGGGGGGGGAUCGGGACAAUAUAGUGUAUGUACAGGAGGGGGGGGGGGAUUCGGGACACCCGAAUCACACGACGGGAGGGGGGGGGGAUCGGGACAAUAUAGUGUAUGUACAGGAGGGG